AGUACACAAAUACAUAAGGUCAUAUAAAUUUUACAAUCCAAAGUCACGAGGACGAUCGCGUUGGAUCUCUCGUUCGCCGAAAUAUUAUGGAGCAAAAAAAUCUACAAAGAACCAUUAUUAUUCUCGUCCUGGAUACCCAAGGUAAGAUUAAAAUAAACAACACGUAGAGCAAUUACAAUAUCGUUACGGUAUAAUUUAGUCUUGCCUUGUGUUUACAUUACAAUCAACACGCCAGAUAUUAAGGCGUAAAAGAUCAAUAUCGAUCGUCAGUCGGAAUCCAAGUUUACGAACGGACGGACGUGAUUGUAAUAAUCGCUCAAAUUAUUAAUUUGCUCUACUUCACAGCGUGCUUUAUUCUUUGUAAGUUUUACUAUUUUUGUUCGAUACUUUUCGACAUCGAUCUAUUAGAAAGAUUAAAAAAUAAAAUUGAUAGACAUACUCGUAAGUUUUCAAGUUUAACGCGAAUGCGUGAGUGCGUAAUCUAAUUAGUCUAAAUAGCUAUCCACGAUUGAUUAAUUGAAUGAGACUUCGUUGCUAGACGACCGUAGUUAUACAUGGCAUGGUUUUGCGUAAAAUCGAUAGUACCUCAUUCGCACUUACAACACCGUUGGACAUCUACGGAUAUUUGGCACCCUCUUAUGUGAUAUACUCGUACAUAUCUCAUAACUUGCGAGCCCUUCUAAUGGAACUCGAAACUUUGAGAAAUGGAUUCGUACAGUUACUUAGUAACACUAUUAUGCGAAAUCUAUAAUGAUUGUCUCGAAGUUAGCACCGAAUGAUAUGGAAAUGAACAUAUUGUAGAAAUCUAGUUGGUCGUAUCAUAAUUGCUUUAAUUCCGUCUGAUUGUCUUUAGAACAAUAUUUUAAUAACUCGUGGUAAAGGAAAUCGUUACAUAAGAACAUUUCAGUCCUUCAUUUUUAUUCUUACUUAAAACUGAAUCUUUUAUUUUAUUAUUUUUUUACACUCUUUUUUUUCAUACCUUUUGCGUUAUCUUUUAGUAGCGUUAACCCACUUUCAGGACCACACUACAAUAGUACUUAAAAAACCUAUUCAAAAUCUCAUACGAUGAGUAUAAUUAUCUUUGAGACUAAUUGCGAGCUCUCAUUUUCGUUAUCUCCCGAAUGUAGUCUAAUCGCUAUAAAGACACUGUUUUCGGACGAAAUUAGUCUGUUCUUCGAGAAUAAAGGGAACUCGCCCUACUUUUUCAGACGGACACUUUCUCAUUAUGCGUAAUCUUGGAGGUUAUCGACCGUGUAACCUGCCAUAAAUACUUACCACAAUGUGUAAUAAAUUUCAUGUUGUCGUUACGAUGAAUUCAUAUGCGUGUAAUAAAUAAAAUGGUGACAUUAAUUAUAAGGAACAUUAAUCAAUCUACACAUUGUAAAAUCUUUUACGUUUUAUCUUUUCAUUGAAUCAUUCAAACUUUGUUGCCGUUCUUUUAUUUUAUUUUAUUUUAUUUUGUUUCUUCGUUAAAUAUUCAUCAAUCAAUAUAAGUACUUAGAAUUGUUGAGAUAAAUUGGACAUUAGGUUGGUCAUAAAUUUUUAGUACGAUGGGUUUCACGUAUCUAUUCAUGCUUUCACUCCGUUGUAAAAUCGUGCAUAUGGACGAUUUACGAUCGGCUUGUAAUAAAUGUCGAUCAGAAAGAUUUCGAGAAGUUAUAGUUAUUAGCGUGAAAAAGAAAAUGAUACUUGUAAGUGAUAUUAUUAAUAUAAUCCGCUCGUUCAUAAUACUUUCUAGAUAUGCGCCUCUCUACGAAGAAUCUUCAGUCUCGGACAAUCAACCAUACACGAUAAUUAUCCAGCUACCCAAACGUGAAGAAAAACGUAGAAAUCGUUAUUACGAGAAAUACUACGACAGAGACGAUGCUCACGAUCGCGAAUACACUGGAAACGAACAUUAUAAUGACCACGACGAGGAUUUUGGUUCGAGAGCAUUUCAUAUCGGUGAGAAGAAAGUACAAAUUAAAGUUACAGAAGAUGCAGGUUCAAAGGUGCAUAUAAAGGUAUCGAGAAUCGACGACGACAAAGGAAUCGAGAUAGCCGAUAAAAAUAAUACGACCGUAUUAACGACGCCAAUAUUUUUGAGCAGCAAAUUAUUACCAACUCAUACUGCAGAGACAAAUUUGUUGACUUUCAAGCCACCAUUAUUUUUUCAAAGACAUAUACAGGGUAUUUAAUCGAAUUAUUCCUAUUUCGUGACGUCCAGUAACAUUAUAUGUCAUACUCAUCCAAUAACAUUGAUGAGUAUGAGAGGAACGAUCGUUUCUUUUUUUUUUAUCAUCGAACUCAUACAAUCUUUAUGGAGAAGACUGAAUCUUUAUUAGCUCGGUAUUUUAGUUAUCGAGAAAGGAAGCUACGGCGAUGUAGCAAUACAAAUUUGAUAGAUAUUUAUAUUUAAUAUUCGAAUCGACUGCAGAAUUAGGAGAAACGAGAAUCAGAUAUAGUAUAAAUUUUUAAUGGCAUGUGCUCUCUAUUUUUAUUUUUU